AUGAAUAAUGAUCUAUCACGAUUGGAACAAUUACCUAAUGAAAUUCUUAUUGAUUUAUUUCAAUAUUUUGAUGCUCGAGAUUUAUUUCAAUCUUUUUCUAAUCUUAAUUAUCGUUUGAAUAAAUUAAUUAAAUCUUUUCAUCAUCUUAAUCUUUUUUUUCACAUGGAAUUUUUUCUUGAUAAUCAAAUAGAUAAUAAUGAUUAUUUUUCUUUUUAUGUUUAUACACUUAUUGUUGGUCGAGCAAUUAAUAUUAAUCUUAAUCGAUUUUUAAAUAUUCGUUAUCUUAAAUUAGAAUGUCCAUUAAAAAGAGUUUUAGCACAAUUAAAUUCAAAUAUAUUACCUUAUUUAAAACAUCUUUCUAUAUCACAUUUAGAUAUAUUAAUAACAAUUGAUGAAUGGAUAUCAUUACCAUCAUUACAUACAUUGAAAAUAUCAUGUAUUACUUCAUUAGCUUAUCAAACAAUUUUAACAGCAUGCCCAAAUUUAGUAUAUUUGGAAUUAUCAAUAUUUAGUUCAGAUCAAUUAAAAUUAAAUAUAGAAUCACAUAAGAAUCUUAAAAAAAUGAUAAUUAAUGUUAUAGAUAUGAUAUGGCCUUGGGAUGAUAAAGUAUUUCAUAGUUAUUUAUCUUGUGUACCUAACUUGGAAAAACUUAAUGUAUAUAGAUCAAUAUUUGUUUCAAAAAUUACAGAAUCCUUACUUAAUUAUGAUUGGUUAGCAUCAAAGAUUGAUUUAUAUUUAUUAUUACUUUGUCGCUUUAAUUUUUAUUUGAAAGUUAUUCGAUCAGACAUAUUUAUUGAACCAAAUAUUGAAAAUAUUUUAUGUCAAAUAGAAGAAAUAUUUUUACAUAAACAUAAUAAUCGCUAUCAAUCUCGACAUCUUAUUUAUAAAUAA